UAUCCGCAGGCUCACAGAAGGAAAAAAAACAUGGCGGACGGGGAGAUUGUUUUCCAGAAAGAAACAAAGUAAAAACGUUUGGCGUUAUUUACACGACUAGCUUAGAAGAAAGCACACUUUGAAAGCGAUAUGGCCGAGCAGAGCCUGAAAAACAACACAGAGAAAAAGGAUGCGGCUCCUAAAACACCUGGUUCAUCACUUUUAGGAGCUCGAGCCUUAUUGUCACGUCAGCUUGGUACUUCUUCUUCCACAAGCCCUGGCAGGCUUCCAUCGCUGCGUCCAGCAAGAGAUCUUACUCUGGGAGGAACUCCAAAGGUUACCCUAGGGGGUGCACAAAAGCGGACAUUUACCCCUAACAUCCCAACAAGACGAGUGAAGGAAGAACCAAAGGAUGCAUCUCAGACAGAGAGGCAAAAGUCAGAAAGACGAGGUAGAGGGGAUAACAAGCGAGGCAAAGAUUCCGGGCGUGGCAGGGGGAGGGGAAGAGGGCGAGGCAAUGAAAUUGUCUCAUCACCAUCUGUGUUCUCAAUGGGCCCAGCAGAAAAAUCAAGAAUAGGUCAGACAGUAGUGCCAACAACAGGUCCUUCUGGUGGCUCUAAAAGUGUUGAUAAAAAAGCUUCGUCUGCCACAAAGACAGAGAGAAAAGGUGAUUUUUGUGAUGAUGAAGAAUCAAAAAGAAUCCUGAGAAUGCUGAAUGUUGGGAGUGAAGGUGGGGAGAAUGAAUCUGAGGAGUAUGGCAUGGCUCCUGUCCAGAUCCCACUGUCCCAGUACCAAUACCAGGAAGCUGUAUCAGACACAAAGCCAAAAAUACUCCCUGGGCUUAUCAAAGAGGAGCCAAUGGAUGUAGAUGAGCCUGACGUUAAGCCCCCAAAGCCCGUCAAGCCACAAGCCAUCAGAAAAGCAGGAUCAGCUACAGAAACAGACAUCCCAUUCUCAACGUUAUUCUCCUGUGAACCUGAGGAAGAAAAGCUCAUGUUCUUCCAGUUCCCUGAUAAACUUCCCAUUAGACCAUCUAACCAAGCUGAGCCAAUGAGCACCAAUCAAGAAAGCAGCAAUGACACUAAUCAAGAGACUAAAGCAGACAAGCCAUUAACACUGAGGAAUGUUUCGGAAGGCUACAUUGGCAAGCUUCAAGUUUUGAAGUCUGGAAAAGCCAGAUUGAUGCUGGGCGAGGUGGUGCUUGAUGUUGCCAUGGGAACAUCAUGUUCCUUUCUUCAGGAUGUGGUGGCAGUGCAUACAGGUGAGCAGCGCACUGAUAUGACCGUCCUUGGGCACUUAAACCACAAGCUCAUCUGUACACCUGACUAUGAGAGACUGCUGACCAGCUAGCACAAAGGCUCAUCUACAUGUCUGAUCACGAGAGACUGCUGACCAGCUAGCACAAAGGCUCAUAUAUAUGCCUGAUCAUGAGACUGCUGACCAGCUAGCACACAUGCUCAUCUAAAUGCCUGACAAUGAGAGGCUGCUGACCAGCUAGCAAACAGGCACAUCUGUAUGCUUGACAAUGAGAGACUGCUGACAAGCUAGCACACAGGCUCAUCUCAAUGCCUGACAAUGAGACUGCUGACCAGCUAGCAAACAGGCACAUCUGUAUGCCUCUAUAGGGAUUGCUAACUGGCUUGUGCCUUACAACAAUUUAAUUAAUCUUCAAUUAUGCCGAUAAAGUGCUUUAACUAAUUGUAACAGAGUACUAUGUGAACAGUAUUGAUCCUUUACAUUUCAAGGGGGAAAUUAUUUAUGCUUCUAGUAAGAUGAAAUCAAACAAAAAACUAUUAAGGUCUCACUCAAUAUGAUACAACAGAAUGGGCUUUUCGUAGGGGGAUAUUUGAGGGGCGAUGGAAGAUUUGUAAAUACAUUUUCUGAACGCAAAAAUAGAGAUCAAGACCUCUUUCGUAUUAUAAAUGAAAAAUUAUCUCGCAGGAAAAAAUGUCAUCCAUCCACGCUCAAAGAUCAGGUAAAUUCGAUGUGAUGAAAAAACACACCUUUUUUAUCCUUGCCAAGAAAAAAGUAAAUAGACCCAAUAAAUUACCUUGUAAUGAG